AUGGCGCCAAUCGCGACGUCCGACCUGAAGACAUCGAUGCCGAUCCUGGCUGACCCGACCGUGUUUCCCGCCCCUGAUUCAGACGAGAGACUGCGGCAACUUUGGUACAUGCACGGAGAUCCGCACAGCACCAAGUUCUCAAAUCCAAACUUGACGAGUAUUGCCAAGUUGGUCGAGCACAACGCCGCCACCCAGCCCUCUCAGCCAGCCUUCAUCUACCCUAUCAAAGACACUUUCAGUGUACUUGACUGGUCUCAGGUCCACCAGCUCUGUCGCCAAGCAGCGGCGCAAUAUUCACGACGCUUCCGUAAAGAGCUGGAAGCCUCGAACGACACGCGCCAGCAGCCCACGAUAGCGCUUCUAGGAACCGGUAAUUCAAUUGAGUACCUGAUCACGCAAGUCGCAUUGAAUUAUCUGCACAUACGAUCUUUGCUUCUCAGCAACAAGAAUGCGCCGGAUACCAGAGACUAUUUGCUGCGAGUAUGCGAUGCGGUGGCAGUCAUCACCGACAAGGCGAAUGAGGCGUCACUCUUCGGCGACCCAGGCUGCACAUCGACAGUCGUUGAAUUGAUCACCCUUGCUGAGUUGCAGCAAAGCGAUGGAGCGAUCUCAGAAGACUUUAUGGUGUUUGAGACGAGCGACGAGUGGAACUUGCAAUCGAUGAUCAUCCAUUCGUCGGGUUCUACCGGGGUGCCAAAGCCAAUUAUCCACACAAACAGAAGUCUAUGCCAGAUCGCGAGAAUAUACCGCCGCCUCCCGGAAUACUUCAUCGAGAACUGGUAUCUCUGCUUUCCACUAUUUCAUGUCGCUGGUUUGUCGACCGUUCUGUCGGGUAUUCCUUACGGACUUCCAACGACCAUGCCGCCUGAAAAAUGGCCACCGGCUCCAAGUUCUAUCCUAGCAGCGUGGAGAAUUCUCGAAUCCCUGGGUUAUCCUGUGGACUGCACCCAUUGCGCACCCUCGGUCAUCGAUGAUCUGUACGAGUACAUCAACCUUACCACCAAAGACUUUACACCACUUGUAAAGCUCAAGGUCUUGCAGCCUGGUGGCGCCCCGCUGUCGCCCAGCAUGGUUGCGAAACUACAGGCGCUCGGAGUCAAUGUGAAGACCACCUACGGAACCACGGAAAUCGGACCACCAAUGCGCACCAUCCCACAUACAAGAGAAAAUCCAGACGUAUAUCGCUUCCGUAAUCUCUACCCAGGCUCUCCUCUGGUGCGCAUGGAACCUCUCGGCGACGGACUUUUCGAGUGUGUUGUUUACAAAGGCUUUCCGCUCGCGGCAGAGCUCUGGUUAGAUAAUGCGGCAUCGAAUCCUUAUCGCACAGGAGACAUGUUCCUCGAAGAUCCGCCGGCAAGCGGGUAUUUUGUCCUCCAGGGACGCCGGGAUGAUAUUCUUAUCCAUUCCAACGGCGAGAAGACUCAUGCCUCUGCUCUGGCUAUGGCUCUUGAAGAAGACAAGACAAGCAUCAUCGCAAAGACGGCGGUUUACGGGACUGGAAAGUCCUGCCCUUCUGUUAUUGUCGAGGUAGACUGGCAAGCUGUCGAUAGUAGAGGGUCUAGCGUCGACAUAGAGAACGAGGUAUGGAAAGUGGUCGCAGGGUGUAACGAAAAGUCCGCAGCCUUCUCCAAAAUUCCUCGGGAGCUGGUUCUCGUUCUCGACAAACGAGAGACUUUGCCGGUCACACCCAAAGGGAACGUCCGACGAAAAAACGCUUGGGAUUUGUAUGGGGAUCGGGUCGAAAAUCUGUACAGCAAACUCUUUGGCGACGACUCCGGCUCGACAACCGACCCCAACGGUGUUGCUGGUUCUCCAACGAUAGAGACAAUCCAGAAGGCAGCAUCUGAGGUGUUUGGGCUUCCACUGGAGGAAAUCGAAGAGAACCGGAACUGGUACGAACUCGGGCUCGAUUCCAUCCAGGCAGUGUCGUUACGUACUAGGCUGGUCAAGUCCUUCGGAAGCUUCCCACUCAUGUUCAUAUUCGAAUACCCGACGGCAAAGAGUCUGUUGGGCUUUCUUCAGCGUCCUAAAGACGACGGCUUGGACACUAAAGCCAUGGUCACGACCCAACAUCAUGAUUGGAUUCGAUCUGCCAUCAACCGGAUGAACCAGGAGAUGAACGGGUGGACGAUACAAAAUGCCGAAGGCCGUGGAGCAGCACCCGGGGGCCAGGAUGUGAUCUAUCUUACAGGGGCCAAUGGGUCUUUGGGUAGCGCGCUGUUGGAAGUACUGGUGCAAAUUCCCUCCAUCAAGAAGGUGUACUGUGCAGUGCGAGGUCGCGGUCCACAAGAAAAGGUUGUCCAGUCGUUAAAAUCGAGAGGUUACACCGAAGAAGUAUGGAAGAGCACAAAGAUCCAUGUUGUCAACUACGAUAUGAAGGACGCAAGGCUGGGUUUGGAUCCAGAAACAUACGAGAAAGUUGAGGCUGAGGUAACGGUGGUGAUGCACAACGCCUGGAAACUCGACUUUAACCAGCCGGUGCAGCAAUUUGACGAUGACUGUUUACGAGGUACCAUGCAUUUGAUGGCUUUCUGCCUAAAAGGACCGAAGAAAAUGUUUGCAUUCAUGAGUAGCGUCGCCGCGGCCAUGGGCAGCAAGACCACUGGAGUGAUCCCAGAACUACCAUUGGGGCCGGAUCCCGAGAGCGCACUCCAGACAGGCUACGCACAAUCCAAAUUCAUCAUCGAGCAGAUUACCCAGAACUAUGCGUCUGCAUUCAACGUACCCGUUCAAAUUCUUCGGGUAGGUCAGCUGAGCGGGCAUUCCCAGCUGGGAACCUGGAACCAUACUGAGAUGUGGCCAAUCAUGAUGAUGACUGCGCUCGAUCUGCUGUCAGCGAUGCCGGUCUUGCAGACGACGGUGGACUGGCUUCCGGUGGACGUAUGUGCGGAAGCUAUCAAGGAAGUUGUUCUCUCGUCGACGGCUGAAGGAUCUUAUGUUGUCACCAACCUGACAAAUCCGAGCACUAUCUCUUGGGAAGGGUUGCUCUCCUGUUUGGAUGAAGCUUCUGGGCGGAGUCUCGAGCGAAUCGAAAUGAAGGAAUGGGUCUCCAGGUUGGAAGCAGUGGCCGAUUCCUCAACCUCCAACGGGCACGAUAUACCGGCGUUGAAACUCCUCGGGUUCUUCCAAGCUAUGGCCGAAGGGGGUGGAAACGGUGAAGGGAUACAGUUUGAAUCAUCUAAGGUAGCACGAGGCAAAGGGGUAACGACCAACAUGGUUCGAAAAUGGUUGGAAACUUAG